GCAAGUCUAGCAACCCUCACACCCCCACACCCUCUCCGCGAGUUGCAGCUCUGCAGCUUGUGCAAUGCUGUUUGAACAGGAGAGCGCCUGAGCCUCAGCGGAGAGAACAUGCCAGACAUUCUGUCCGAACCUCCGGAGGUGUCUCGAAAAAGAGGAGCUGAUCCAGGCCCACUGAUCAAGCACGCACCGGAGAGGAAGAGGGCCUGCUGGGGAAUACUGACCAGCCAAGGGUCAUGGGCAGAUCGUUCUCCUCUCCAUGAAGCAGCCUCUCAGGGUCGACUGCUUGCCCUGCGCACCUUGCUGGCCCAGGGUUAUUCCGCUAACAUUGUGACUAUUGAUCAUGUGACCCCUCUCCAUGAAGCUUGUCUGUCGGGACAUGUGGCAUCUGUGAGAUUAUUAAUAAAUGCUGGAGCUAAUGUAAAUGCAGCAACCAUCGAUGGUGUCACUCCUCUGUACAACAGCUGUACCUCUGGGAGUGUUGGUUGUAUGGAACUGCUGCUGCAGAAUGGCGCACACACAUGCUCGUCACAUACGCACUAUCCCUCAGCUUUGCAUGAAGCCUGCAAGAGAGGAAACAGCCAAUGUGUAGAGUCCCUGCUCUCUAAUGGAGCAGAUCCAAACUAUGAAGUGUCUCACUUGGGCUCUCCCCUCUAUGUGAGCUGUCUAUACCAGCAUACGGCCUGCUCAAAGAUUCUGCUACACAGAGGAGCCAAUGUUAAUGUCGGCAGAGGAGGUGACAGUCCUCUGCAUGCAGCUGUCAGACAGGGCAGUGCAGAUCAGGUGUCUGAGUUACUGGACUAUGGAGCAGAUGUAAACCUCAGAGACAGUAACAGUCAGCGGCCAGUGGAGCUAGCUCCUCUUGGUGGAAAAACCCAACAGCUGCUUCUUUCAUUUGAAGUUUCUCCAAGGAGUCUCUGCCAGUUGUGUCGUCUCCAAAUCAGGAAGCUGCUUGGACAAUCCAGACUGACGUUGCUCCCCUUCCUACCUCUUCCUUCCAGGGUCACUCACUAUCUGGAGCACAUAGGAUGAGGGGCACAUGCUUAGUGUGAAAUUAUACCAUUUUUUCACCUUUUGAGUUUGUAUGUACUGUACCUUGUUGUUUGUAUGCACGUUCCCGUAUUAACGUUUCCUGCUAAAGUGUCAAUGUAGUUAUAUUGUUUGAAGGAGUUUGGCCACUACAUCUUUAUAUCAAAAUGCUCUAAAUAUACUACUCUGCAGCAAACUUUAUUACAUACGUUCCCUUUGUAUUGCCACAGACAACACACAUAAUUGACAGUCUCUUUUUAUUUUAAGUGUUUAUGCAACAGUCAUGCAAACAGUUCUUCUGUGAGAUGAUUAUCUGUUAGACAGUGACAGCUGAUUCAGACUUUUAACUCACUUUGUCUCUCUGUGUUGGUUAAGCAGAAAAUUCCAUUUUGUGUAUAUUGAAAUGUAAUUUUCAUUGGAAAGAAAGGUCUUUCAUGUGCUUGUAUGCACUUGUAAGUAACAGUGACUGAUUUCUUUGGUGUCUAGCCUACCACAGUGUGCAUGAAAAGUCCCUUUGUUGGUUCACUUUGUUGGUAAAGAAAGAAAGAUACAGAGCCCCGGAAGGGACAUGGAGGAAAAAAAAACAAAAACAAAAAAAUAAACAGGACGAAUCCUGAAAAAGUUUUGCGAGAUCUCGCAAAGUUUUGUGAGAAGGGAUCUCGAAAAAGUUUUUGCAGUUUGGCAAAACGUUCUCGGGAUCUCGCAAAAGUCACUUCGAUCUUAUUGGAUAUUUGCUCUUCAUUAUCUACCUGUCUUCAUUGUAGUCACGGGCAACAGCGACUACGUUUGAGGAGACAGGCAAUAGACCCUGUGCACGUCAAAAUGCUAACUUCCGGGUUCUGACCGGGAGGGCUUACAGGUCCUUCCGGAGGCUAAUUCGCAGCAUGGAUAACAUGGAAUCAAAAAAGAAAAACAUUGUUUUCUCGGCAAAACAUAAAAUCAGAUUUCAGCGUGUUCAAGGUCGAUAUGGGAGGUACUGUAGUGUACCAUUAUGUUCGGCUUCUGGUGUUUAUAACGGUUCUAUAAGCCUUCACCGUUUUCCAAAAGACCGGCAUUUGCGGGCUCAGUGGAUUGCCAAAAUUAGACGAAAAAAAAUGUUUCACACUGAGCUGAGGAUCGGGAAUAUUAGUGCAUAGUCACUGAUCAAACAGCAAAUAUCUGAUAAACUAUAACAACAAUCCGUGCAUUCUUCAAUCAUUUGUUAUUCCGUUUUGACAUCUAAUCAAAUAUAGAGGAAAUCCAAGCAUUUGUCAUUUUGUUCAAACAAAACUACAAAUAUAAAAUGUUUUGCUGAAUUCGACUAACCCUUUAAGCUGCAGUCAAUUCCAGCCAUUUUCAGUACAAAAAAAUCGCAAAUAUUCUAUUUGUAAAUAAACAUAUGAUGAGAAAUACAGGAAAUAUUGGACGCGCAUCGCGAGGUGCAUUUCCUUGAAAACGACCUAUUCGUGGAUUAUAUACUGACUUCAAGACAUGUUUUGGACAAAAUAUGUUACUGGCUUGUUUCGUCUGGAUGUCCAAGGUUGGAUCAUGGCCAUUUUUUGUGGAAUAUUUUCAUCCGUGUGUAAUAAUGAACCUGGAAAUGUGAGUUGCGCUGUGUACGUUGAAGCCGUGUAUGGAGAACGGAUGGAUGGAUAUUCGUUGUUUGUCGGACAAAUGUGUUUAUAUUACCGGCUGUAGUAAUCACAUCUGAAAGUGGUUUAUACCGGCGGAUUCAUGAGAAUCUAAGCUUUCCAUCAGCGUAUAGUGUUUGUAUAAUCGCAUUUGCAGUUUCAAACAUUUAGCAAAUUGCUUUAUGCAGAUCUCAAAGUGUACCGCGGGCGGGACGCUGAAGCGCAACUAAGUACCAAACACCAAAGUGUAAAGUGGAUUCUAGUAGCUAAGUAAGCAAAAAAUAGUAAUGUAUAAAUAAUAGAAAAUAAAAUAAUAAAGUACAUGUUUGGCAAGCCCUACAGUUAAGCUAGCGCUAAUUAUGUAGGAUGCGAUGCCACUUACUUUCAAAGUUAUAUAUGUACUGAGAUAUAAAAAAUCUGAAUCCCUUUUCCCGUUUGCUUUGAGGAGCUGACGAAAAAUCAUCAACGAGACGAUAAACAUCGUCAACAGAAAUUUUAGGCAAGUUGCCUAGGCAUCUGGAAAAGUAAAGUGUACUGCUGGCUUCUUCCAUUUUGACAGCGCUGUAACCGGGACUGGAAGUAACUGUAGCACCCGGAGUUUUUCAACCGGAACGAGCACAUGCUAUCAUGCACAGGGUCUAUUGUCAGAGAUGUUUUGAUUCUCAACAGUGAAUGUGUUAGCAUUAGCUUAGCUAUUUAGCUUUGACUACGUUUGAGAAGACAGGUAAUCAUCAGAGAUGUUUUGAUUUUAACAGUGAACGUGUUAGCGUUAGCUGAGCUACUUAGUUUCAACUACGUUUGCAUCCAUUACAUAGCGGUUUAACAAACGCAAUAAGCUGAUGAUAAUAUCUAUGUUUAUCUUUAUAGACCGUCUUAAGAUUAAUUGCGAGGAAGAGGUCAGCUGUUGCCUGGGCACAUCCGUGAUCAUGCUCCUGAUUGGACACAGUUUGACACCAUAUUUCAGCUGAAGGCUGCUGUUCUGUCCAAACGUCAUGAGACAUUGACAAUUUUAUUGUGGUAUACCCUCCACCCUGCUGGUCAUACUACAACUCUUGCUUUGGUGCUAAAUUAAAAAUCAGAGUUUUAAGGA